UCGAGUGGGAACACAUACUGUAAAUGACACGGACAAUUCCAUUCUGCAAGUACUUACUCAGCUGUGGUACAGCCAAUGGUUUGACCCAACAAUGAAAAUGCAGCCCUCAAUCACCUUUCUAGCUACCUAUGGUCUGGUUCUCUCACUCUUUGUCACUGAUUCCCUUCAACAAGCCAGGAAAAGAGAUAUUGUCUUCCUAGUCGAUGGCACUCACGGAAUGGGGAGAUCAUUCUUUUACGUCCGUAAAUUUAUUUCAGAAAUAAUUAACAAUCUCAACAUUGGACCUGGCAAAGAUCAAGUUGCUGUUGUUCAAUACAGUUUUAACUCAAGACUUGAAUUUGGCCUCAAUGUUCAUUCAACAAGAGAUGAUCUUUUGAAUGCAAUGAAAACUCUGCGAUUUAAAACGGGAAGACUCCUCAAUACGGGUGCAGCCCUGGACUUUGUCACAAAGAACGUCUUCAUCCCAGCUGCGGGCAGCAGAAGAGAUGCCGGAGCUGCACAAAUCCUGGUGUUCAUCACUGCCGGCAAAUCCAGUGAUGAUGUUGGGCUGGCAGCGGAGGCAGUGAGACAGGCUGGUAUUGUGCUCAUUGCUAUUGGAGCCAAGGCUGCAGUCACAUCGGAGCUGCAACAGAUCACUUCUGAUCCAGAUUCUGUUUUUAAAUUGAGUGAAUUCCGAGAAUUGCCAACUAUUCAACAACAGCUGCUUUCUAAAGUUCAAGCAACGCUUGUGACAGAGGAACCAAUUCCUCCUACUGAAGCAACAAUUGCAGCUGAGAUCCAGAGAGACAUUGUGUUUCUGAUUGACGAAUCCGAUUAUGUUGGAAAUUCAAAUCUACCAUUAGUCCGCAACUUUAUUUCGAAAAUAAUUGAGAACCUUGAUAUUGGAAGGGAUAGAGUGCGAGUCAGUCUGGUGUUAUACAGCAACACUGCAGAAACAGAGUUUUAUCUGAACACCUACUCAAAAAAAGAUGAACUUCUGUCUCUACUGAGGACUCUCAGCUUUAAGGGUGGUAAGACACUUAACACUGGGAAGGCGUUGGACUUUGUCCUGAGAUCUCACUUUAUCAGAUCUGCAGGUAGCAGAAAAGAAGAAGGUGUUCCCCAGUUUUUGGUGCUUAUCACUGGUGGAAGGUCUGGAGAUGAUAUCAGACGAGCUGCAGAUGCAUUGAAGCAGAACACUGUAAUAACCCUUACCGUUGGAGCUGGGGCUGCAGAUCCUGACCAGCUGAAGGAGAUAGCCUUUAAACCCAACCUGGGCUACAAUGUAAGGGACUUCUAUUCUCUGCCAGGCAUACAGGAACAGGUAAUAGCAUUAUUACAAAGGCUGCGUGUUCAAACAGUACCUGUAGAAGAAGCAACAGUACCUAUUGAAGUGCCACUGGUUACUACUACCAAAGCCAAGAAGAGAGAUAUUGUCUUCCUAAUUGAUGGUACUGCUUUUAUGGGAAGAUCUUUCUCUCAAGUCUGUGAAUUUCUUCUGAAGAUAAUUCCAGAGUUUGAUAUUGGACCUGAUGAAGAUCAUCUUGCUUUGAAAUGA